GAGAGACGAGGAAGGAAAGCAUGUCAGCAGCAUGUACACACCGCAGAGAAGCAGCACGAUGUCCUGUGUCUGGUGCCUUCUGGAGGUGAGCUGACUCCUGUGCGGGUCACUGGGGUCGUGUGAGGAGCAAAUAUGUGGGAAGGCCAGUCUGAGGCGAGUCAGGCGCACACCCUGUUCGAUGCCUUCGUGCAGGCCGCCACAUGCAGGGAGACCCUCAGGGCCUUCCAGGAGCUGUGUAAAGAGCUGAAGCUGCAUCCCGGCAGUCAGCCGCAGUUCUACCACACCAUGAGGAGCAGACUGCACGACUGGAAGGCCAAAGCAUUAUGGGCCAAACUGGAUAAAAGAGCCAGCCAUAGAGAGUACAUGAGAGGCCAUGCUUGCACCAGCACCACGUGUCUGAUCAUAGGUGCAGGUCCAUGUGGAUUGCGGACGGCUAUAGAGCUGCGAUUUCUGGGCGCCAGGGUGGUUCUGGUGGAAAAGCGAGAUGCUUUCUCACGGAACAAUGUUCUUCAUCUUUGGCCCUUCACCAUCCAGGACCUCCGUGGUUUGGGGGCCAAAAAGUUCUACGGGAAGUUCUGUGCUGGAGCCAUAGACCAUAUUAGUAUUCGUCGGCUGCAGCUGAUGCUUUUGAAGGUGGCCUUGUUAUUGGGUGUUGAGGUUCAUGUGAAUGUGGAGUUCAAACAUCUAGUGGAACCUCCAGAGGACCAGGAGAAGCGUGUUGGUUGGCGAGCAGAGGUCCAUCCCAACGCUCAUCCAGUCAGUCAGCUGGAGUUUGAUGUGGUUAUUGGGGCAGACGGUAGAAGAAACACUAUACCAGGGUUUCGCAGGAAGGAGUUUCGGGGGAAACUGGCCAUUGCCAUCACGGCGAAUUUCAUCAAUCGCAACACCACUGCCGAAGCUAAAGUGGAGGAGAUCAGCGGUGUCGCCUUCAUCUUCAACCAGAGGUUUUUCCAGGAUCUCCGGCAGGCUACCGGAAUUGAUCUGGAGAAUAUAGUAUAUUACAAAGACGACACCCACUACUUUGUAAUGACCGCCAAAAAGCAAAGUCUUCUGGACAAAGGAGUCAUUCUGCGCGAUUAUGCUGACACUGAGAUGCUGCUGUCCAGGGAUAAUGUGGACCAGAAUGCACUGCUCUCGUAUGCUCGUGAAGCAGCUGAUUUCUCCACCAAUCAUCAGCUCCCUACGCUGGACUUUGCCAUCAACCACUAUGGGCAGCCAGAUGUGGCCAUGUUUGACUUUACCUGCAUGUAUGCGUCUGAGAAUGCAGCGAUGGUGCGUCAGCGCAGGGGACACCCUCUGCUGGUCGCUCUGGUGGGGGAUAGUUUACUAGAGCCAUUCUGGCCAAUGGGAACAGGAAUUGCUCGGGGCUUCCUGGCAGCCAUGGACACGGCCUGGAUGGUUCACAGCUGGGGUCAGGGCAACACCCCUUCAGAGGUUCUGGCUGAGAGAGAGAGUGUGUAUCGGUUGCUUCCUCAGACAACACCAGAAAACGUCAGUAAAAACUACAGCCAGUACAGCGUGGAUCCUGCUAGCCGCUAUCCCAACAUCAACAUGCAACUCAUCAGCGCUGCUCAGGUGUGUCAUCUCAUAGACACAGGUGAGGGUCCGGUUUUAAGCCUUGAUGCAGUCAGCUCUCCACACCCAAGACUCACACGGCAAGAGUCAAUGGCUCGUUACAGUAAGCUUCUGAGCUGGUGUCAGGAGCAGACGCAUGGUUACAUGAACGUAUGUGUGGCAGACUUCACAACUUCCUGGAGGAGCGGCCUGGCCUUGUGCGCUCUCAUUCACAGAUUCAGACCUGACCUCAUUGAUUUUGCGUCUCUGGAGGAGAGUGAGGCGGAGCUCAAUGGUCAGCUGGGUUUGGACAUGGCGGAGCUGGAAUUUGGUAUUUGUCCUAUAAUGACCGGCAAGGAGAUGAGCGCACUGGAAGAGAGUGACUCUCUCUGCAUGGUCAUGUACCUCAGUCAACUUCACGAGCUCCUCAAAGACACAGCGCCAGCUAGUGGAAACCUGAGCUCAGAAGAGAAAGCAGUUCUGUUCUCCAGCCCCAGGUCACCAAUCUCACUGCUCAGCAAACUGGGACAGAGUCUGUCCCGCAAACGCAAUCCCAAGGAUAAGAAAGAGAAGGAAGCAGAUAGUGUUGGAAAUGGAAAGAGGAGGAGAACAAGCCAGACUGGCCAGUCAGAAGAGGACAACGUUCCUUAUGAUACCAAAGAAAAUAAGACUUCAGGAGUGACUCCUGGGUCAGAACCGAAGGUCGCUGAGGGUCACAGCAGGGUUCGGUCCAUGGCGACGCUACUGCUGGCUAAAUUUGAGGAAAACUCACCAUUGGCCUCAGCCAGUGCAACUCGCCGACAGAGCUACAUUCAGAUGUAUACGGGCGGAGUGAGCUCAUUGGCUCAGCAGAUAGCCAAUCAGAUUCAGAGUCAGCAGGAUCAAGCUCCCAAGCUCCUUCACAGGAGGGAGUUGGGUUCUCAAAAGGAGUUUCCUGUGAAUAUGGGCGGCAGUGAUGUGUGUUAUUUCUGCGGCCGUCGCGUUUAUGUCAUGGAAAGGCUGAGCGCGGAGGGAAAGUUCUUCCAUAGGAGCUGCUUCCAGUGUGAUCACUGCAGCACAACGUUACGCUUGUCCAACUACGCUUACGACCAGCUACAUGGGAAGUUUUAUUGUAAGCACCACUUCAGCUACAGAAUGACCAGCGUGGCUCAGAGAAAGAGACCGAUCCCACCUGUGGCCCCUCGACCUACUCAGGCUCCCCCUGCUCCAUCCUCGGCUUCUACGUCUUUGUCCUCUCUAGGGUCAGUGGGCAAAGCCACCCCACCAGACUCUUGGUCCUCCAGCGCCCACCCAGACAUAGUAUCCAGCCUGGCCAAGAGACUGUGUGGUACCCCAGAACGCAUUGAGCUGGAGAACUACAAACCCUGUACAAAACAACAGGACAGCCCACUGCAGGAGGUCCCAGAGGAGACGCUUGCACAGCACAACCUCAGUGCUAGCCUGCAGGAGAAAAACACAGAGGAGCAGUCCAGUAGCUCUGAGUCAGACCUAGAGGAGGAGGAGCUUGCCUGGAAGAAGGAGGAGGGGCCGAACAUCAGGACCAAUGGAGAGAGAGAGUUAGACCUGGGGGAGGAGCUAAAGGAGGAAGAGGGAGGAGAGAACCAGGAAAAACAAGAGGAGGAGGCCAAGGAUGAGGAGGAGGAAGAAGGAGAAGUUUCAGAAGAAGAACGAGACGAGGGAAAUUCUAGUGAUGAGUCUUAUGAAGGAUACAGUGACGACACAGAUAUAGACACCAGCUCAGUCAGAGAGUCCAAACCAUGUGACCAACAGGAACAAGAAGUGUCUGUUUCAUUGCACCAGUCAUCUACAGAGUCCCCAUCCUCCUUGAAACCACCAGAAUCAGGUCCCACACCCACACCUGAGCUGUCGACGAAUCCAGAGAACCCACCUGUCAAGAGGUCAGAGGUCGUAGAAGAGUUCUGGUUGAAGAGUGCUGAGAUCAGGAAGAGUUUAGGCCUGACUCCUCUGUCUAGAGAAUGCGACCCCAAACAUACAGCAGCCCAAACAUCUAACAUUAAAGAAAGCUUCUACACCUCAGUCGCCUACAUAACAUCCUGCAAUACCAAUUCUGCCAACCAAACGCCAAGAAACUGUGACUCCAGCUCACAAACUCCAUCUCAAAGUACAUCCCCGCCUGAACCAUCUCACACUAUGGACGGCGAUGCAGGCGUCACAUUAAAAGAGACGAUAGGCCGCUGUUCUGUAAUCCACAGACUGAGCAUCACUGUAGAAGGUUGUGUGAUGGGGGACAAGCAGGAUUUGGACCUCAAUUCCACCUCAUUUGGAAAUGAAAGCAUUUUAAAUUCAGAUACAGGUCUUCCUACUCCUCCGUACAGCCCAUCUAGUUCCCCUAUUGUCAGCAAGCAAUGUCGCGCCCUUCACCAUUCUGAACCCAUACUGGACCGAGAGGUUAUGGUCUUCUCAUCGACCUGCGCUACUCCUGUUCCACAGCGGGUCGGUUUUAAACCCCAGCUCGAUCAAGCUUGGAGUCUUCCUCCGGAUGAAAUUGAGAUCCUGUGUGGAGACGAGGCGGAAGGGACUUCCAGACUGCCGGAAAGAUCCAGUGUCACGGAGACCGUAGGCCAGACGGACAGCAGUAGGCUGGAACACAGGAGGACGCUUCCAGACCGGUUGGUUGCCCCACUGCUGGCAGGGGGACCGGAGGUCAGGCUUCGGAGGUCAGAGAUGAAGCUGUGGUGGGCUGACAACGGCGUGGAGGAGAAGGAGAAAAAGCGCAACUCGUUGUUCUCACCCUGUAAAAGCAGGAAGAGCAUGAAUGCAGCGGCUGAAGCCCAGCGGGAGCCAGGAAAGCACAAGUCCCUCUGGAAGACCGUUUUCUCAGUGUAUAAGAAGGACAAAAAGAGGAAGGAGGCUGCGAUGGUGGCGGAAACUCUACCUGCCGCAACUAACACCGAGAGCAAGCGUAAAGUGUCAGGAAUCAACAGAACAUCAGACCUGUGUUUCCGGAAAAAUCUGAGUUUCUCUGAAGACACAGACUUGUCCUGCCAUGCUCUUCUAGAAAGAUGUCCACUCAGAGCUCAGCUGUGGGAAGAACUGUCUGAUAUCAAGUCAGACCUUCUGAAAGAAACAAUAUACGAGGAGGUACACGAAGGGGAUGAGUCGCUUUACGUGCCUCAUGCAUUGGCAUUCAAGAGGGCGUAUGCUAAGAAACACAGCGUUUUGCCAGAGCUGCCAACCAAGGCAGCCACCCCAGUGUCGUCAUGUCCGUCAGAGGUGGUAGGUGUUUGGGUGGUGUUCCCGGACCCUUCCAGCAUAAGUUUCUGUACCACACUGUUUCAGAGAGCAGAAACGGAGGAGGAACUCAACGCCAAGCUGACACGCCGAGUGCAGAGAGCAGCGCGCAGACAGGCCAAGCAGGAGGAGCUGCGGAGGCUGCACAGGGCGCAGAUAAUCCAGCGUCAGUUGGAGCAGGUGGAGGUCAAGCAGAGGCAGCUGGAGGAGAAGGGUGUAGCUGUGGAGAAAGCACUCAGAGGCGAAGCAGUCGAGCCCUUUCUAGGUUCCCCUCGUAGAAGGCCUGUCUAUCUCUGUCCUUACUGUUCCUCAGAAGCCAAAGCCAAAGGGACAGAACACGAUCAUUCAGUUUAUGUCUGUACAGUCUUUUUUCUUUAUGUAGUGCAAGAACCUCCACUUCACCAGCUAAGAAUGGGAAAGAAAGAUGACCCUAGUUUAAUGCAUCAGUGGUUUAAGCUGGUGCAGGAGAAGAAUGCUCUCGUUCGCUAUGAAUCUGAGCUCAUGAUAUUUGCACGUGAACUGGAGCUGGAGGACAGGCAGAGUCGACUACAGCAAGAGCUGAGAGAGCGCAUGGCGGUGGACGACGAUCUGAAGGGGGAGGAUGAGCUGGCGGAGGAGAGGCGUAUGUUGAGUGAGAUGCUGGAUGUGGUGGAGCAGAGAGAUGCACUGGUGGCCUUGCUGGAGGAGCAGCGAGUGAGAGAAAAAGAGGAGGACAGUGACCUGGAGGCCGUCAUGCUUUCCAAGGGCUUCAGUCUGCACUGGGACUGACUCGUACAUGCAUGAAUCUCAUCAUACCGCUUGAAGGGCUACUCUGUGUCUGUUUGCGCAACUAAAAUACACAGCUGCUGUUUUCAUCGGUCCGAACCGGCCCGUCCACCUGCACUCUGGGCUGUAUGUGCAACUACAUACAGUAGGUGUCUAAAUAAUGAAUCCCGGGAUUCGGCAAGAGAUUGCAAAAUACAGACCCUGAUUAGGACGAAUGGCAAUGUCUUGCUGCCAAAUAAUGCUACUCUAAGACUGCUACUGUGCAAAGGAACAUCUUUUUGUUUGCUCUCUUUGUUGAUAAAGUUAAGGUACAUCUGUUGUGUUAUCCAGAUCCACUGCGUUUAGGCUUAACAGAAAUGAAUUUAGAAUGGCAUAUAUAACCACAUUGUCAAUUUACAGUAGAGAUUGGCGCAUGUAAACUUGGAUAUACAAAAUAUGGCUUCUUAAUGUAUGAUUGGAAUGUUUUUGGACCUGAUUUAGGUUAGCAAUUUCUGUUGUUUAACCUGUAUAAGCUAACCUCACACACAAUUGUCCGUUCUCAAUAUAUUCACAUACAUUUAUUGGAUGAAAUGUCUUUUUUUUUUAAUUAUCUUGAUUUUCACUUCAUAAUAUACAAUACUUGC